CGAAGAAAACUUGUCCUAGUGGUGUCCGCGCGCAAGUGGUGAGUUCUUGAUGUUCAUGUACGCUGGACAGACUUGCAUCAUUUUUCUUUCCUUCUCCAUGUAGAAUUUCCCAAUGUGCUGGGACGGAAAAAACGUCGACUCUCCAGACCACAAAUCUCAUGUCGCGUUCCCAUCGGGCGGUCCUGAUACUGGUGGUUGUAGCGACCCCAAGUUUCCGGUUACGUUGCCUAGGGUGUUUAUGGAGAUGUACUGGGGCACUGCCGACUUUAAGGACCAUGUGCAAGAUGCUAUGAAUCCCGAGCAGCCUUUUGUCUUCGCCAAUGGAGAUCCGACUGGAUAUGGUUACCAUGGAGACUAUAUUAACGGAUGGAAACCAGACGUGUUACAGAGAGUCGUGGAUGAAUGUGAUUGUGACCCUAACGGAAGCCUCGACUGCUGUGCUGCCAAGGGAAUCUUCACACUCGAUAAAGAUUCCAAGUGUCGGAUUACGAAAGCGAUUGAUGAAGCCACGCAAGGAACCUUGCCCAAACUCCCAGGAAACAACCCUAUUCAGGCAGAAGGAACGAGGGCAACAUCGUUCCCGGAUACGACAAAUCCAAACUUGCUAUCGCCCAUUUAUGUCUAUAGGGGUGAUACUCCGGAUAAAGUUGGAACGCCUUCUGGAUCUGCUGCUAGUGGUGGUGGUACUGGCGUUUCUUCAGGUUCAGGUUCGGAAUCAGGACAGAGCGGCUCGAGCGGCAGUGAUCAGACUCCUCCACCCACGGGAGGUGAACAAAACGGCAACAGUGACCAACCACCUACCUCUGGCACUGGUUCUGCUUCCUCCGACGGCGGUCAGUCACUUCCCACUACUUUGACAUCGUCAGCCGCAUCUCCUCCGCCUACCUCUGGUUCCAAUAACGACAACACAGGUAGUGGUUCCAAUGGUAACAACCAGUCUAACCAAUCCGGCCAAUCACUUCCAGUAUCACCUCCCACUGGUUCCGGUAGUUCUGGCUCGAGUUCAGGAGGCACAUCCAACUCGAGUUCACAGCAAGGCAGCACUGGUGGAUCGGGUUCGAAAACAUGCAAGAGCGGUGUUAAGAAGCGGUCUUCCAAGGCAAAACGUCAUGGGAAUUCCGUUCGUAGAAGGUUCCACGCUAGUGACUUUUGAGUCGCGCGUGCUCCUCCAGUCUAUUUCUAAGAUAUCCUUUCUUUUCCGACCGUUUCUUUCUGGUGUUGAGGUUCGACGACCUGCGUGAUCCAUAUGCUCGCACUUGCAUCUGGAUUUGAUAUCAACGUUUUUUGUGCUCUCGUUAUUUCCUUUUCAGACUUCCGUUCAUUCAGAUCUCACAUUCACUCGCUCUCACUCUCAUUUAUCUAUCUUGCUCUUACACGCGUUUUAGCAGCGAGAUCUGCUAAACCCUACCACCACUACAUAUAUUUAGGUUCCGGCCACCAAAUUUAUUUUCCCUUUUCGCCCUAUAUAUUCGCUAGUCGCAUACCCACUUUCUUUCUUCUUGACUGAAGCGUUAUGCACAUGACGGGUCUCAGGCUAUGAUGAAGCCAGUGUACGUAGUUGAUCGUAUACUUGUGUAUUCAAUGAUACAUCGAG